AUGACGGAAUUUAAUGUCAACCGUGUAAGUGCGGCCCACUCGCACGUGGAUAGCUUCAACGCUUUCAUCGACCAUUAUUCGAAACACGUGGUGAAAAGGAUACCGCCAGUUUACGUUUCCGCUGAUGCGGAUUACUUGAAGUACCUUUUCAACCCCUCCGAGAAACCACACUAUGUGCAAAUAUCUGUGCUUUCCUUGCGCAUCGACUAUCCCACCCGGCCGAGCUCGGAGUGUCUGGGAUCCGACACUAGGAUGUUCCCCAGGCAUGCGAAGAGCGCUCACACGACGUAUGAGGCGCCGCUAGUGGUGAAAUUCGGGCUAAAGGUGCCUGGAAUGGCUGGAGUUUUGACAAAGGAGAUUGUCGUUGGGUUCCUUCCGAUAAUGGUCAAAUCCAAGCGCUGCAAUCUCGACGGUCUUUCACCCAAAGAAAUGGUGCAGCAAGGAGAGGAUGUAGACGAGACUGGUGGAUAUUUUGUGAUCCGUGGUAACGAGAGGAUCCUUCGUCAACUUAUCGUCCUACGUUCUAAUUACCCGCUGGCCAUCAAGUCAGAAAACAACCGGAACAAGCACGCGCUAUUUACGGACUACAGCAUCAUGAUGCGGAGCCAGUGUUGCGACGACGGGUGCUCCGUGAGUAACAUUUUGUAUCUGACUGUGAACAAACGCUGUGUAUUCCGAACAAUCGUAAAGAGUUCCGUCGUACUCAUCCCUUUUGGCUUGUUGUUGCGGGCCACGAUGCCAUUUAUGAGCGAUGACGAGCUCAAGCACAGACUGCUGGAGGAUGCGUUGGGUGACGUCGAACUGACUGUUUAUUACCACCGCUUCUUCCUCGACAUGACCGAGAGGGACCCGUUGUUGAGCGACAUUGACUUCAAGGAGAAUCGGUACCUUUAUAGGCUCGGGAGUGCGUGUUGGACCCAAAUACAACAGUACAUGCCCCCCGGAGCGACGUAUGAGGAAUGUGGAGCGUAUUUGCUGCGAAACUAUGUAUUGCUUCAGGCAAAGACCAAUUCGGAGAAGUUCGAUACUCUGAUGUACAUGUUCAAAAAGUUGAUCAAGGUUUCUCGUGGCGAGACGCAGACAGAAAACUACGAUUCGUUUGCAUUUCAGGAGCUACUCUUGCCGGGUCAAAUUUACUCGUGCAUUCUGAAAGAGAGUUUGUACAUGGCACUUCUGAAAAUUAGGAGCAUUUAUCAGGCUGAGCUGAUUGAACUGUGCAAAAACAUCAGUGGUGGUUCGGCCAGGAGGUCCAAGAGACAAGUGGUUGAGAUGGAGCUAGGUUCACAUGACCCCAAGCAGCUCAUGCAGCAGUUGUUGGAAAGAGCAGAGUUGUUCAGUUAUGCCGUAGACAAAGUCGGGCCCGACAUUACGAAAAAGCUGCAUUAUUUCCUGGCCACAGGAAAUGCAACUACCACGCACUUUGAACUCCCGCAAAGCUCAGGGCUCACUGUUGUUGCUGAACGCAUCAACUACCACAGGUUUAUGAGUCAUUUCAGAUCAGUUCACCGUGGCAGUAUCUUUGCUAAGAUGAGGUCCACCGAGGUGCGCAAAUUGUUGGGUGAGACGUGGGGGUUCAUUUGUCCGGUUCAUACACCGGAUGGUGCCCCCUGUGGUCUUCUGUUACACCUGACGCAAUUCGCAAUCCCCGUAACGGAUGCCGAUUGCAGCGGCGCCACUGAUGCGGUGAAGUCAUUUUUAAGGCACCAAGGAUACCACGUGGAUUUCACCGGCAACGAGGCUGUGUCACAGUUUUGGCAAUUAGGCGCUAAUGACAGCCGAAGGAUCCCGGUGCUUGUUGACGGUAUUCCGGUUUGUAAUGUGCCUAUGGCGGAUGCUCACAGGCUCUAUAAUGAGAUUAAAAAGGCCAAAAGGCAUGGAACCUUUGGCCUGAAGCAGCAUUACGAACUGGUUGCGCUGCCUGACAGCAAGGGCCAAUACACCAGCCUCAUGGUUUUGACAUACCCAGGGCGAGUGAUAAGACCCGUGAGAUGUGUGAAAACUGACAUCAUAGAGUGGAUAGGGCCAAUUGCGCAGCUGUGGUCUACCAUAGCGGUGAAUGAGGAGGAGUUAAAACUGUCCCACAAGAUGUUGGACGAAUCCAACAUCCGCAAGUCUUCGAAACCCCUGUCUACGUCAGAAGCGAUUGAGAAGUACAGAGAAGGCAGCAUCCCUGAACCUAAAGAGGGGACAACAUUGGACAACGUGCCGGUAAAAUACGAAUACGUGGAAGUAUCGCCGACGGCCAUCCUUUCCGUUACUGCUGCCUUGACGCCGUUCAGCAAUCACAACCAGAGUCCGAGAAACAUGUAUCAGUGUCAAAUGUUAAAGCAGAGCAUGGGUGUGCCAUACCACUGCGAGCAGUUCCGUUCCGAUGUGAAGGCGUACAGGCUGCUGUUUCCCCAGAAACCUUUGGUUACCACUCAGGAAUAUAGGCGGAUGAAGUACGAAGAUUACCCUACUGGCAUUAAUGCGAUUGUCGCAGUUAUCGCACACACCGGAUUUGAUAUGGAGGACGCCAUGAUUAUAAACAAGUCUUCGUUGGAGCGCGGUGCCUUCCACGGGUGCAUCUAUAAGACAAAAGUCAUAGACUCGAUGCCCCCAAAUGCUAAAAUACGUGAAGGGCAGUAUUACUUCAACAAUACAAACCACUUGGGCUCUAAGAUCAUCCCUUCGUUGGACAAAGACGGUUUGCCAAGCGUGGGUGCGAGGGUGCGGAACGGCACUAUUAUUUGCCGCGUAGAAGCGCGGGAGAGAAUCGAUGGCGGGCAUCACACAACAGAUCGCGUCGAAAAGUACCAUGACGAAGAUGCAGUGGUAGACCAAGUAACAAUGAUAGGUGCCAGCGACGCCAAUGCAGCGGAUAGAGCAGGUGCGUCAGGUCUCAAGUGCAACCGUGCAACCAUCAAGUUCCGCAUAGUGCGCAACCCUAUAGUUGGAGAUAAAUUUGCGAGUCGUCAUGGACAGAAAGGUAUCCUCUCGAUGGCUUGGCCUGCUGAGGACAUGCCAUUCCUCGAAUCCGGGAUUACACCGGACAUUAUUUUCAACCCCCAUGGUUUGCCAUCACGCAUGACUAUCGGCAAGUUGAUUGAGUGUAUGGCCGGAAAGUCGGCCGCAUUACAUGGCGAAUUCCAGGACGCCACCUGCUUCAGAACUUACCCGAAGCAGAUGAAAACAGGUAACAAAUGGAUAGACCACGGUGGGCUGAAAGGAUGGGAGGAACGUGGUGGCCGAUACAUGACGGAAGAGGAGGAAGCGGCGCAAACCGAAGAUGACGUGGUGGACUAUUUUGGCAAGACACUCCUGCAGGCGGGUUACGACUAUUAUGGCACCGAAAGCAUGUACUGCGGUAUCCUCGGCACUGAGAUCAAGACGCACAUCUUCGUCGGUUGCAUUUUUUACCAACGCCUGCGUCACAUGGUGUCAGAUAAGGCGCAAGUGCGUGCCACCGGACCUGUAGAUGCAAUCACCAAGCAACCGGUCAAGGGUCGGAAGAACCGUGGAGGCAUUCGGUUCGGUGAGAUGGAACGUGAUUCUUUAAUAGCACACGGUGCAUCUGCGUUGUUACAGGAUCGUCUGAUGCACUGCUCCGACGCCCAUACAGCGUACGUGUGCCCCAAGUGUGGGUCAAUCUUAUCCGCUACCAUCACAUCCAUUGGACUAACAAGCAAGUUCCAAGUGUCGAAAUGCAGGCUGUGUGACGUCAAGUGCAAGCUCGUGACGAUCCCGUAUGUGCUCCGCUAUGUGGCAAAUGAACUCGCCUCCAUAAACGUCGGAAUCAAACUGCACUUGUCACAACUCGGCGUCCCCAUAAGAUUGUGA